AUGUACAAGCAAACAAAAAUUAUCGUACUGAACAAAGUCGCAAGGAUAUUUAAGAAAAGCGCACAGACCUCCAUUGCACCUGUCUUGGGAGCUUCCAAAAUUCUCAAUUCACUUGACACAGUCGAAAAAGACCAAAACUAUAUGUACCAAGAUACAAAGAUAAAUACCCAAUCGAUUCACACACCUGUGCUCUCUCCAGAUUUGAGGUAUAAAGCUGACACGGAGUCCGACAGUAUAAUUACAUCCCAAAGCUUAUUGGGAUCUGGAUUAAUAUCCCAAAAGAAUAUCUCUCCCAUUGAAGCUGCUUUCUCCACCCUUGAAUCCAACGAAAAAAUUGACUCUACAAAAUCUUUUACGUCUAUGGAUCGAAUAUUUCUCGGUUCAGAAGAACCAAAAACCAAUGAGUACUCUGCACCUUCAGACAACUUAAACAAAAGCCAAGGAUCUGAAGAUAAUCAAGGAUUACACAGCAACAUAUCGUUAAAAUCGCUAUCACAUCAAACAAGUAUAUUCGUGGAAACUACGGAGUCUUCUACAAAACCAUCUCAACAGACAAUUGACGAAAAAAUUGCACUCUUCCGAAAACUCAUGUCUGUUGAUCCCUGUUUACCAAAUUCAGUAUCCCAAAGAAACAUGUUAUCUUAUGAAGACUCGCUCUUCAGUAUAUGUAGCCCUCCUAGUUUCGACACUGGAAAAAAAUCAAGAGAAGGCCACUCAUUUAGCAAUAACAGUCUUACUUCUGUUGCAAAGAUGUCUCUCAAAUCUGUUCCAGGAAGCAUAAUUACACCAAUACAACAAUGUGUCAGUAUUCGUGAUCGUAUCAAAACAUACAAUUCUGUUCCAAACUCUACUCCAGUAAAUGCACCAAAGGCCCUUAAUGUCAAGCGAAUCAAGGUUCUAAACAAAGUUGCGUUGUGGGAGGCCGUCACAGCAAAGACUAGACCACCUAUUCCAGUGCUGCAUAUACUACAGGCACAAGUAGAGUGUGAUAGGUCCUUCUUCUGGCAUUCAUUGCUUUAA